AUGUUCUCCGACUUGUUCAAAGGCUCCCUGCAGAAUCUCGUCCUAGCAACCACGUUUUGGAGUUGCUUGAGUAGGACGGCGAAUAUUCAACAGAUGGGGGAGAAGAGAGAAGAGGAGCUGGUGAGCACGGACAAAUUCUGGGGCUCCAAGGUCCGACAGGGCGCUCAGAUCCGGCGGACCCCAGACACCAGACAAGGAUGCCUGUCGUUGGUCCUCGAUAUCAUCGCCCACAGUAGGUCUCGGCUUUCACGCUCCGAGGCUCCUGUCGAGCCAUCAAUUGCACCUUCAGAACGAAGAACUUGCGCCGCGGAAGACAUCGAAAGAGUCCGGACAGAGCACGAGCGUCAGAAGCAGGAAUACAUUGAACAAUUCGAAGCAUACAUCGCUGAAGACCUCCAACGGCGUCUGACACUAGAGAAUGAACAACGCCGCCAGAGCGAACACCAGAUCCAGUCGGCACAAGAAAGAGGACAUUGCUAUUUACCAAACGCAGCUGCAAGACAUGGAUCGUGUCAUGGAGGAGGCAGCACAGAUUGA